AUGUCGACUCUAACAACUGAACCGAUGUACACCAUCCAAGAUGUUCCUGGUAAAGGAAAGGGGCUUGUCGCUACCCGAGAUAUCCCCAUGGGCACACGGAUUCUCUCAGAAGAGCCCAUUCUCAGGAUCCCAGAAAAUCUGCCCCACUGCGAAACUCUCCGAUCAUACGUACGCUUGCAAGUCGAUGCUCUUACUCCAAACCAACGCCAAGCCUUUCUUUCCAUGCAUAAUAUCUACGCCGAUGACUCUGCCUCAAAAUAUCUUGGUAUCAUGAGGACAAACGCCCUCCCAUUUGGGCAGGACAAUGCCGGUAUUUUCCUUGAUGCAUGUCGCAUCAACCACGCCUGCGACAACAACGCUCAAAAAUGCUGGAACGAGAACAUCAAGCGACACACCGUCCAUGCAUUGCGAAACUUAGAAAAGGGCGAGGAGAUCACAAUUUACUAUCUCGGCGUCACCAACAACCGUGAAGCUCGCCAAGAGGAGCUUCAAAGAAAAUUCGCGUUUACCUGCGCAUGUCGUCUUUGCUCGUUGCCACCCGAUCAAAGCCGAGAGAGCGAUAUAAGGCUCAACGAGAUUCUCGUGCUAGAUCACCUCAUUGGCAGAGAUGGCUUGAUGGGGAUAUCGGCAGGCUCGUCGCAAAAACUUCGACAUGUUGAUCGUCAGGUAACCCUUUACAAUGAACAUGGGCCUAACGAUUCUGGUUUGCCAAGGGCGUUCCUAGACGUAGUAAAAAUUACUGUCGUCAAUGGGGAUCUAGCUAGAGUAGGUAUUUUUGCACAGAAGGCGAUGCUUGGGUGGGCUGUUCUUGGAGGCAACGACGGCCCCAAUGUUCUUGAAAACAAAGCUCUGUUGAAGGAUCCCUCAAAACACGGAUUAUACGGACGUUCAAUGCAGUGGAAAACUGCCGUGGAUGAUGUUCCUUCCGGACUUGAUCCGACGCAGUUUGACAACUGGCUAUGGAGGAGAGAGAAGCCAAAGCGACCUGGACAAGUUGCAGAUCUCCGCAACCAGACGACAUUCCCACACGUUUAUGGCUUGCCCGAUGACAAGUACAUCACCACCGAGUUCUACUCAAGCAGUGAUGCGACAACCCAUCAACCACGUCGGCACUGGUUAUUGCUCGCUGAGAUUAUCGACAUCUACACCGAGACCCGUUUCCAGGUGGAUAUCCAAGAUAUUACCGGCGUAUCGAUUCCGCUCAUCUUUCAUACGGAUGGGGCCGGGAGCGAAUUUGUGCCUUCAGAAGUCGACACAGGGUGUACAGUUGCCACUUUGUACGCAAAUCGUCGCGGGUUUAUGCAUUCUGAUCCGGCGAUCUGUCUUAAGGAGUCCUCGAAUUUGAAGGUACGAUAA